CUCUCUAAAAUUUCAGGGGAAAAUUCUGAGUUUCAAAAUGCAUAUAAGCAAGAAGAAGCUCAUUUUACUAUUUGGAAUAAUCUUUUUGGAACAGAGUGAAUCUGCAACUCUCUCUCUCCCCAAAGUUCCUACUUGUGGGCAGAGUCCAGUGAAGCCACAACCUUUGAACUACCUGAACAUUUUCAGUCGCAUCGUUGGGGGAAGGCAAGUGGCAAAGGGUUCCUACCCUUGGCAGGUGUCUCUGAAACGAAGGCAGAAGCAUGUCUGUGGUGGGACCAUCAUCUCCCCACAGUGGGUGAUCACAGCUGCUCACUGCGUUGCAAACAGACAUACUGUAUCAACUUUCAAUGUUACUGCUGGUGAAUAUGACUUGAGAUAUGUGGAGCCAGGAGAGCAAACCCUCACCAUUGAAACCAUCAUCAUACACCCACACUUCUCUACCAAGAAACCAAUGGAUUAUGAUAUCGCUCUUUUGAAGAUGGCUGGAGCUUUCCAUUUUGAUCAGUUUGUGGGGCCCAUGUGUCUUCCAGAACCAGGGGAACAAUUUAAGCCUGGAUUUAUUUGUACAACCGCAGGCUGGGGCCGCUUGAAUGAAAAUGGUGUUGCUCCGCAAGUCUUGCAGGAAGUGAACCUGCCCAUUUUGACCCAGGAUGAGUGUAUUACAGCUCUGUUGACCCUAGAGAAACCCAUCAGUGGGCAGACCUUUCUCUGCACAGGCUUCCCAGAUGGAGGUCGCGAUGCAUGUCAGGGAGACUCGGGAGGUUCCCUCAUGUGCCGGAAUAAGAAAGGGACUUGGACUCUGGCUGGUGUGACUUCCUGGGGUUUGGGCUGUGGUCGAGGCUGGAAAAACAAUCUGCAAAAAGACGAUCAAGGAUCCCCUGGGAUCUUCACAGAUCUUACUAAAGUGCUUUCUUGGAUCCACAAACACAUCCAAAUUGGUAAUCAAAGAAAGAGCUCCAGAGCCACAUGCAGUGAGCAGGAUCGCGUGGUCAGAGCAUCAGAGGGGGAGCUGCACUUCCCAGAAAGCCCCUUCCUAUAUUAUGAGAGCAAGCAACAGUGUGCCUGGACCCUGUUGGCACCAGAGGGAAUGCACGUGCUCCUCAGUUUUUCCCACUUUGAUGCAGAGUCUUGUGACCAUAAUUACCUGUCAAUAUAUUCUUUAGAAGACACACUUAUUGCGAAAUUCUGUGGAGAGAGACUGGCUUCAUCAGUUCUUAUUGGCUCCAAUGCUAUAAGGCUGAGCUUCAUCUCUGAUAACACAGAUUAUGCCGUUGGGUUCAAUCUCACCUAUAAAUCUCUUAAACCAAACUACCUUCCUGAUUCUGGCUGUGACUCCUUAACGAUCCUGUUUGAAGAAGGCCUCAUACAGAGUCUUCACUAUCCUGAAGACUACAGCGACAUGGCCAGCUGCAACUGGGUCUUUCAAGCCCCCAAACAUUACCUAGUUAAGCUUUCAUUUCAGGACCUAAAAAUAGAAGAAAAUGGAGACUGCACUUCCGACUAUGUGAGCGUACAUGGGGACGUAGAAAGGAAGAAAGAAAUAGCUCGCCUCUGUGGCUUUGCUGUCCCCACCCCCAUGGUGAGCAUCACCGGGGUAAUGUCCAUCAGCUUCCAGUCCAAUGAAAACACAACCUUCAGAGGCUUCCAGGCUACAGUUUCCUUCAUUCAUGAAACAGAUUUUAACAUCUCUGGAUUAGAGAAUGAAUCCGUGUUUCUGGAGACAUGGAAUGCACCACCUGAAGAAUCCAAGGAUUCUGGGAGAAUUUAGAGAGAGAGACCUGCGCAUAUGGAGAACACCAAGUGGACAUGAAGGCAGAGACUGGAGUGAUCCAUCUUUUACAAACCAAAGGAUGCCGAAGACGGC